GAUUUAAUACGUCAGAAAGGAAUCCCUCUAAUUGCGUGAGGGUAAAAAUCGGCACCCUGAACCUAACUUGAUUCUCGGCCUUAUUUCCAAUGUUUUAUGAUCCCAAAAAGAUUUUCCGGUGUAAAAAAUGGCUGGAGUAUUUGACUUAGAGCUCACCGAAGAAGGUGGUCAAACAGAGGAACUAUCAGAUGACGAGUACUUUGAGACCGAUGAAGCGAAUGGGCGCCAACAGGAGUAUGGAGGGGAUGGAUUACCCAAUGAGGAGAUCAUGGAGACACUGGAGCUCUCCGCCCAGACAGUCAAUCCCAGUAACAUCAGAAAGAUAGGACGGGAAAGUUUUGAAAUAGUAAGCUUACUUGGAAAAGGAGGCUAUGGCAAGGUUUUGCUGGCUGAGAUGCUAGAUGAGAACAGAAAGAAAUAUGAUCCACCACGUCUUUAUGCUAUGAAAGUUUUAAAAAAGGCUACCAUUGCAAGAAAUCAAAAAGACACCGCCCAUACUCGAGCAGAACGUAACAUCUUAGAGGCUGUUAAGCAUCCAUUUAUAGUAGAUCUGCACUAUGCUUUCCAAACAGAUGGAAAACUCUAUCUCAUUCUGGAGUAUCUUCCAGGGGGAGAACUCUUCACCCAUCUGGAGAGGGAGGGUAUUUUUAUGGAGGACAUGGCCAGUUUCUAUUUAGGGGAAAUCUUGUUAGCAAUAGAACAUCUACACACCCUCGGAGUUAUCUACAGAGAUCUGAAGCCAGAAAAUGUGCUCUUGGAUUCUAAAGGUCACAUAAAACUUACAGACUUUGGAUUGUGCAAGGAAAGUAUUUCCUUAGGGGACAUUACUCACACCUUCUGCGGGACUAUUGAAUAUAUGGCUCCUGAAAUAGUUCAAAGGUCAGGUCAUGGUAAAGCAGUUGAUUGGUGGAGUUUGGGAGCACUGAUGUAUGAUAUGCUGACUGGACAGCCUCCAUUCUCAGGUGAGAACAGGAAGAAGACAAUAGAUAAAAUACUGCGGGCCAAACUUAGUCUUCCACCAUAUUUAACGAAUGAAGCUCGUGGCCUUUUAAAAAAGUUACUCAAGAAAAACCCUUCUGAUCGACUCGGUAGUGGACCUGAUGAUGCUGCCCCCAUAAAGAGCCAUCCUUUCUUCAGACACACCAAUUGGCAGGAUUUAGUUAACAAAAGAAUAGAGCCCCCAAUCAAGAUCGGAGUGACAAGUGCUUAUGAUGUCAGCCUAUUUGAUACCAAGUUCACCAAACAGACUCCAUGUGAUUCCCCAGUAGAUAUGUCUGUCUUUAGUCCUAGUAUGAAUAUUUUUGAUGGCUUCACCUAUGUUGCACCAUCUGUACUAGCUGAUUUGGCCACGCAGCCAUGGAUCUCUGAGCGGGGUCCAAGAUCUCCUCGUAAAAGUUAUAAGGCAGAAAGCUUUAUGUUAAACAAUGGCUUGGAAGGUUUCUACCAGGCCAAUGCUGCAACUGCCUAUGAAAUAGCUUCACAAAGGAACAGAGGCAAUGCCCCGAGCCAUGCCCCCACAACAGUAGUGGCCUCGUCCAAAGCAGUCAAUGGUUAUGACAUGGAGGACAUGGACACAACAGGCGGUGCCACGGCCGCCCCUACAGUACCCACUCACAGUGGCAGGCGGUCCUGUACUAUUGAUUAACUGAUAGCUUGGAGGGAAAGUAAAUUUGCAUACUUUUGGAGAUGAGUUAUUCAAGUCUCACCGCUGGACACCAUGAAAUGAAACCUCAAGCAACAACUUUGAUUUUCACCCAGUGUCAACAAUAUAUUGACUUAAAGCUUUUUUUUUCCUUCCUUUUUGUGGUAAUUUUGUUGUUUGGUUUCUGUGGAGAAAUGUAUUUAUGACUAUUGAUUUCCAUUUUCUGGCUACUUUCUCUUUAUUUUUAUUGAACAUACGGUAGCUGUUAUAUUCUAAGCCUUGUUAUUUAUAAAUUCUUUAUCUGGGUGUAAAAAAUGGACUGCAUCUCUUGAAAGAAUACAUCCCUAAAUAAUUUUGAUACUUGGUUAUUUGAAUGGCUAAAAAAUUUCUUUAGCUGUAUACAUGUUUAUUAUAGAGGUUUUAGAAAUGUAUUUCACAUUGGAUUUAGUAUUGAGCAUUCCAAUUAACUUAUAUUUUUUAAAGACUAUUACCUUUUUCUUCUUUGUCAGUAAAAUCAAUAGACAACUUUGAAAGUAGAAAAUGUUCUGCUCGCUGGCCUGUCCAUGCCUCCUGCUGUCCAUCUAGCUACAGUUGAUAAUUAUGUAGAUAUUUUUCUUGUGUAUUUUUAAUUUGUCUAAACCUGUGAUGUGGUAAUGCCUGGGACCUUGAUGAGUUUUUUAGUUCUUUUGAGAAUAAUUUAGUUUCAAGUUUUAUUAGCACAAUGAAUACAAUCAGCAAUAAGUGUGGCUGUCAUCCGAAGAAUGUCCCCAUCAAAGGAUUUGUUUUCUUAAUGUAUGAUCACUUUGUGAAAAUAUGUACGUUUGUGAACAUGUUUUUAUAAUAUAAUUAAAAUUUUUAAUAGUCGUUGCAGCAGCAUUUUAGGAUUCAGUUUUCUUCAGCACAAUUGUUCUUUGUGUAGUCUACAUACCUAUUUGAACACCAAUUGGGAAACUGAUUUUUCUUUCCCAAAAUCAGCAUUUCGCAGAAAUUUUCUUUUUACCCAUAAUUCCUAUCAGUUCCUAGAUUUUUUGUUCUCUGAUGACUUCUCCUUCUUCUGCCUUUAGUUGUAGUGUGGUAGUGCUAAAUACUUUAAGAAUUUUUUUCCCUCCCUGAAUACUAAAAAAAUUAUUUUUUUCCUCCCAGUAAAAGUUUGAGUUUCGGCACAUCUGCACAAUUUAGGCCAUGUCGUGCCCGUCAUCCUUCAAGGAUUACUAUCCCUUUGUAUCACCAGCGCCCAGUAAAAAAACAAUUGCCAUAUCAGACUGUGGUUGACAUAACAACAAAUUGAUAAAGAGUAUAAAAACUAGUCAUAUCCCUGAGGACAGACGAAAAUGUGUUCACAGUGUCCAAUGUUACUAUUAGUGCAUCCACUUCUUCUGUUCAACAUAGCAGUCGCUUGUAAGUUCCAAAGUUGAAAUCAAAGUCUUAUAACUACUUGAGUGUGUCCGUGUGAAGGAAAAAGAGUUAAUCGUUGAGUAAGCCAUAAUCUUUGUCAUAACUUCAUUAUUAUUUAACAUAUUUUCUUUAACUUUUAUAUUUUUAUGUAAUGUCACCUUGUACUAUUCACAUCUUGCACAUAGGAGGGCAGGAGAUAAAAGUGCUUUGUUGUUUUUUUUUACCCUUCUCAUGAAAUUUCGCUGUCAAAGAGUUGAAGAGUGCUUCAUUUGUUUCUGACAUCACUUAAAGGGAUUAACUUUUUUUUCGGUGCAUAUCGCGACAAAGUCUGGUCUAUGUAUUUAUUUGAUUGUGAUUCGUGUGAUUACUUACCUUGAUGUACAGUCGAGUGUCGUUGGUGUGACUACUGGUGUAAAACUUUCUUUUCAUGUAGUGCUCUGUCAGAAUGUGAGAACUGCUCUGUGACAAGAAAAACCCACAGAGAAGAUUGCCCAUCUUUAUUCACAAAUGCCAGAACUCUUUUCAUCUUGCCCUUAUUUGCAUAUUCAAUGAUUUGUGAUAAUGAACAUUCUAAACAAAGCAGGGCACUUCUGUGAUCUUGAUCCUUUGACGUCUUUCUGUGCUUGCUUGCUAAGGCAACGAGUGCCAAUACCACACAGGACCUUACAGAGUUAUGGCCACUUACUUUACGGUCUUGAUUGUUUAGUUGAACCGAGUCAUACUUGGGUUAGUCAAUGACUUUAUAGUAUGUUAGUCAAUGACUUAAUAUGUUCUUAUAUCGACUAAUAUCAAUUAGAAGUUUGAAUGCCGACAUUAUUUGUAUUGCACUAAAAAGUUCCAUUAUUCUAAUAUAUCAGUGUACAGUACGGCCAUAGUUGAAGUAAAGAGUAGCAUUUGAUUCUAUUGGUUGCGAUGUUAUUCAUUAUAGCAUGAGAAAUUUUUCAAGCUAAAACAUCAUUACAUCCACUGGAAAAUAAAAAGUUUCAUUUUUUUUCAA